UAACUGCGCAUGUCCACUGGGAGGCACACGUGUCCCUUUCACCCGUUUUUGGUGUGAAUGCGCUCCGCCGUUUUGAGCGGAAGCUGCUGUCAAUAUGGAGGAGAAAGCUGCUGUUCGGUCAGAAUUUUCUUAUUUAGACUCCUUUUUGAAGGAGCUGCCUGCUCAGGACCCAGCGGUCCUUCUCGGAUUAGUUGUCGCGGUGAUCGUUCUUCUUUUCACGAUAGUGUUUUUUCAGGUCUUCUGGAGUAGAAAAUCCACCAGAAAUGCGAUUCUGCUGAUCGGACUAUGCGACUCCGGGAAGACACUUCUGUUCAGCCGGCUGCUGUCUGGAAAGUUUAAAAGAACUCAAACAUCCAUCACAGACAGCAGUGCUAUUUACAAAGCAAAAAACGACAGGGCGAGAAGCUGGACUUUGAUUGAUCUACCUGGGCAUGAGAGCCUGCGCCCGCAGUUCAUAGAGAAGUUCAAAUCCAUGGCCAGGGCCAUCGUGUUCGUGGUGGACAGCGCCAUCUUCCAGAAGGAGGUGCGUGACGUAGCAGAGCUCCUGUACUCCCUGCUGACAGAUUCCGUGGUGGUGAAGAACGCGCCUACACUCCUGGUAGCUUGCAAUAAGCAAGACAUUACAAUGGCUAAGUCAUCAAAGCUGAUUCGCCAGCAGCUGGAGAAGGAGCUGAACACCCUGCGAGUGACGCGAUCAGCGGCCCUGAGCUCCCAGGAUGAGUCCUCUGGGGGCACCAGCGUGCCUCUGGGCAAGAAGGCCAAGGACUUUGAGUUCUCCCAGCUGCCCAUGCAUGUGGAGUUUGUGGAGUGCAGUGCCCUGGGCAGCGAGGCAGAGGAGACUGAGGCUGAUAUCGAGGCCCUGGAGAUGUGCCUGACUAGGGUGGCGUGAUGCAGGUGGAGAGAGAGAGUGUGAGUGAGUGAGUGGAGGGCAGGGGGGGGCUGUGACUGCAUCAUAAAGACACGGUCUGUGUGCUAAGUUACUUUUUUAUGACAUUUCCCUCUCCGUUUAGACUAUGUAAGAUCAUUUUACGCAAAGCAGCUUGAAUGUAGUAUUCUUAUUUAUUUUGGUCACUGUCUCAUGCAGGAAGGGUUAGAGAGUCUGGGUAAAAUGGGAACCUAGACUGAAAACAUAAAUAUUUGAAUGCGUGAAAAUGCCACCUGCUGCCUUUUACCUUUUAAGUCGUGUCCCGGCAGCUUUCCUGAGCUGUUUUCAGUUUACAUUGGUACCAUGUUGAAGAAAUUGAAGCAAGCUGCUGUUUCAUCAGCCAGCAUCAGCCCUACAGAUGAAUUCCAAGUGAUUCCUCUUCAACACCUUUGAUGAAUCUAUACUUCUACUUGCUUUCAUCUGUGAGAAAUAAACGGGAAAAUCUGGACAUUUAUGUUUAUGCUCCUUACUCUCUACAAACGUAGUUUCCCCCCCUCUUCUCUAACUUAAGAGGAGUAUUUUCUGUUUAUUCUUAGCUACUUUACACACCUUAAAUGUUACGUUGUGUUUUGGAAAUAAAUUUUAUCUCAUGAUGGAAACACUUAUCAAAAUGUAGAGCGCGGGAGAGUCAGGUUCAAUGCCCUCUCUGCUAUUUUGGCUGGGGUGGUACAGGGAGAGGAGAAUGUCUUAGGGUCUGUGUUGUGGCUGAAAUGGCCGGGUUCCUCUCCCUGUCUUCGCUUUACAGAACUACUGACUGUCUGUUCUGUGCCCACAGCAGGUAGUCAAGCAAGAGGCUGUGUUUCCAGGAGUUUGUGUGUCUGUGCCACAUGGUCACCAGUCACAGCCCGUGCGUGUCAAAUGCAGUCUGUAUGUUACGAUGUAAUAAAAACCAAAACGAAACAA